AUGCAAAACAAUUCAAAGAGAACGGUUACCAGUACGAAAGAAAAAAAUUUAAGAUGGAUGCUCAAUUCUCCUGAUCCGAGCCCUCUUGCCUUUUUUAGAUUCACUUUUCCUAUGCAUCGAGCUCGGGCUUUUGAGGUUUAUGGUAGAAUCUUAGAAUCAGCCUUGAAUCUCUGUCAAGAUGAUGUGAAAGAAAGAUUACAGAGAGCGAAUGAAAAGUUUAACGCUGAAAUUCAAAAAGACUGGGAGUUGUGGUUAGAAGAAAGGAAAGCGAUUCUAGUAAGCCGUUCGAUCCAAAAAACCAAUAUGACUGUGCAAAAUAGGUUUAACAUACGCAUAAAAAAUCAGGGCACACUGGCAACAACGCAAACGACGUUUAAUAAUUCUACAAUACUUGAUUUAGACGAUGAAGAAGAAGAAGAGAAGUGUGCAGAUGAGAAGGAGGAAUUUAAUGAAGACUUCAAAUUUGUUGAAAGACAUGAACCGGAAACGAUAGGUCGGACCAAACGAUGGAUUUUAUCAAGUGGGACCGAUGUGGGUCAAGUGUUGACCUCUUAUUUAUACCUAAUUCCUGAAUCACAAAAAUGCGUCAAGUGA